AUGGCGCGAGGGAGCUCAUCCGCUGCUCUUCGGCGAGGUGAGGACGGUCCGAAAUACGAUCUCACAACACUUGCGAAUCCUAUCCGACCAACUAGUGGACUUCAUGUCCCGAUGUUUAAUCUGGAACAGGUUUAUGACAUCUUCAAUGACACCCCUUGGGGAAAUCAACAAAGCGACGCAGUGGGGGAGCAGAAUCCCACCGAGCGUCGCCAAAACAACAAAACUGCUCAGUCUAGAGCCUCGAAACAAACAAAGAGAAACCCCCUUGGACCUCGAGCUGGCUCGGGAGUCUCCAAGACACCCCGUCUGCACAAGCAGCCUGGCACGCAACCCAAGCGAUCUAAGAAUCUUCAGGGGAAGAACCCAAUCGAUGUCGUUGCUAGAGGAGCCUCCUCAACCCCCAGCAGCCCAAGCGACCCGGCCCCUUACUACGAAGUUGCUCGCGCUCCCAAUCUCAGCAGACCUAUUCCUGACUUUGACCCAACUUUGAUUUCUACUUGUCCUAAGCCGCUAUCGCCUUCAGAGAUGUUAGAUGGAGAAAAAUACUUCCUCUAUCAGAUGGCCACGGCUCGUCAUCUGGCCUUCAACGGAGUUUCGGGCCCAUACCAGAUUGGCCACUGCUUGUGCGACGUCCAUAAGGCAACCGGGAAUCUAGUCAAGUUUGCACGUGCCUGCACCGCUCCAAAUGGCGAAAGAUAUUGGCGCCAUCUCAUGACAAAUGCGUCUAUAAAGGCUCAAGAUGGGUCCAGAAUGGCAGGCAAGCCAGUUGCACUCUCAAAUGGAGCCCUGGUUUGGAUGGCAGACGAGGAGGGCAAGAUUAUAGCUCCUGAAUGGACAUUCAACGAGCCCCAAUUCUUGCCUGGAUCCUCGGACGACCAAGAAAUGGGACAGUAUCCGAAGCAAGCUCAGCAGGGGACCAACCCAAUCCAUCCUGGACUCAAGACUACUAGCAAAGAUCCUUUUUGGUGGUGA